GAGAAACGACGUGAGAGGGGCGUUAAAACCGGAAAGAGUGGGGGAACAAGAGGUGAAGGAAGAAGAGAAGGAGAAUGACGGAAAGUUGCAUCCGAUCCGUCGUAGAAGCCAUUCACUCCUCUCCUUUCCAAGCCGUUCUCCAUCUCGCCGGUGGAGCUUCUCAGGUGGUGGGUUCGUUGCUAUCAGUUCCCGGUGCUUCGAAUACUGUGCUCGAAGUUGUGGUUCCUUACUCUAAGAUGUCUCUCAUUCAGUUACUUGGAAAGAUUCCAUCCCAAUUUUGUGGCCAACAGACUGCUGAAGAUAUGGCUUUAUUGGCGUAUAAUCGCGCUCUUAAGCUCUCCAAGCCAGGAUCCCCGGCUGUUGGAGUGGGUUUCACUGGUUCUUUGGCCAGCAGUCGUCCAAAACUCGGGGAACACAGAUUUUAUAUGUCAACAAGGACAGCCGACCAACUUUGGAUAUCAAGUGUGACCUUGACUAAGGGGCUUCGUACUCGAGAAGAAGAGGAUAGAGUUUCUAGUCAUCUUUUGAUCAAGGCAAUUGGAAAUGCAUGCAAAGUUCCCGGAGCAUCUGUUUUGUUGUUGAGUGAGUCAGAUGUAUCUGAUGAAUGUGAAACACAAUUCAAUGAAGAUCAACAGUUAGAGCAACUUAUAAAUGGACAAAUAUGCUUUAAAAUUUACCCAUUUGAAAAUGAGAUAUCAGCCGAAAGGAAAAUAAUAAUGCCUGGUUCUUUCAAUCCAUUACAUGAUGGGCAUCUGAAGCUUAUGGAUGUUGCUACUCGCAUUUGUGGUGAUGGGUAUCCUUGCUUUGAAAUAUCGGCAGUCAAUGCAGACAAACCUCCAUUAUCAGUGUCUCAGAUCAAAGAUCGCAUCAAGCAAUUUGAAAAAGUUGGAAAGACGGUAAUUAUAUCCAAUCAGCCUUAUUUUUAUAAGAAGGCUGAACUUUUCCCAGGCAGUGCUUUUGUAAUUGGGGCCGACACGGCAGUGAGGCUUAUUAACCCUAAAUACUACGAUGGUGACUACAACAAGAUGCUGAAGAUACUUGUUGGUUGUAAAGAAACAGGAUGCACUUUCCUUGUGGGUGGUCGGAAUGUUGAUGGUGCUUUCAAGGUUCUUGACGAUAUUGAUGUUCCAAAAGAACUAAAAGACAUGUUCGUCUCCAUUCCAGCUGAACAGUUCCGCAUGGAUAUAUCCUCCACUGAAAUAAGAAAUAGAAGUGGGAUGUAAAUAAUUUCAUGGCUAAAGGUCAAUGUUUAAUCUAGGAUGAAAUCACUAACACUUUAAAAAAAGGGGUUUAUAUUUUUUGAACUAUCUUUGUCAGACAAGUAUUGAAUAGUCAUGCUCAUGCAUAAGACACGACACUUGAAAUCCGAAGGCGAGAUGUGUCUGUAUAGUGUCCAUCCUCCGUAGUUUUGGUUUUAGUGUAAAAGACAAAGAAUGUCUCUGCAACGUUGAUUAAAAGAGUGAAGGAUGAUUUAGAUACGA